GAGUAGAGUUUAAUGGCGUGCACGGUCUUGCAAAUUUUGAGAAAAUAUGAAGUACCUGUUGCUGCUGCUGCUUGUGGCGCUGCUGGCUAUUGCCACAUCCGAGCCAAGCAAGAGGUCGGCGAAACCAGACCUGGAGGAUAAUGAGUUUGCGGAAUUUGAGGACUUCGAUGACACGGAAGAUAACCGUCCAGGUAGCAGGCAACCUGAAAAGAAAUCCGAACCUAAGAAGCCUGUAGAGCCUGCUGCAGAGAGUAAACCAAAGCCGGCUGCAGCUGAGGCUGGAGCUGAUGAGGAUGAGGCUACUGUAGAGAACGAAGAUGAUGAAUUUGAACAUUUCCAGGAUGAGGAAGAAUUUGAGGGUUUUGAGGGGAAAGGAGCUGCCAAAGGUGGAGGCAAGAGUGAGAAAAUGCCCGACCUAAAAAUAACGUCGGUUCCACUGCACUUGAGGACCAACUGGGACAGUUUUUACCUGGAGAUGCUGAUGUUGGCGGGCCUUGGUGUCUACUUCCUAAACUUCCUUGCCGGCAAAGCCAAAAACCAAAAGCUCGCCCAGGCCUGGCUGAAUGCCCAUCGAUCGUUACUGGAGGAGAAUUUUACCAUUGUUGGAGAUGAUGGUAUCAACACUGAAGUCCAGUCUGGCGUCCUAAUGAAGGAAUCUGAAAAUAUAUAUUCGUUGUGGUGUAGUGGACGAGUGUCUGUCGAGGGAAUGCUGAUUGAACUCAAACUUCUCAAGAGGCAGGAUCUGGUGAAUACUAUAGCCAGAUUGUUCCGGCCAGCAACGGAUCAAAUUAUCAUAAAAGUAACGAUGGACGAACUGGAGAUGGAUUCGUUUGUGUUCGCAUUGGGGACGAAGAAAUCUUGCACAAAACUUCAAAAGGAUAUGAACGAUUUGAGUUUGUUCACUCCUGAUAAAAAAAGUGCAGAGAAGUUUGGUCUGCCAAGUAAUUACCAGAUUCUUAGUGAGAUUGGUGAAGCCACUACUACUCUCGUAGAUAGUAAGGUGAUUGCAGUCAUCAAUAAAUUCGAGGGUGCCGUAGAAUAUAUGCAUUUCUCAGACCAGUAUUCUGGACUCAAGAAUACAGAGGAGCAACCAACCAAGAUGCCAGAGACGGAGAAAGUGUUGCAUUUUUGUUUCAAUGUCCCUAAAAAAGGUAACUCCACCCCUAAAGAUAUGGAGGCAUUGCGCCCACUACUUCAGAUGGUGUUCCAUUGUAUGGACAAAGUCAAGAAGAUUAGGCUGACAAAAGAGGCAAAAAAUAAAGCGGACAAGAACCGACAGAAGGUGGCUGAGACGUUUCUGAAGGCGUCUCAUUCUCAACGACAGGAGGCAGCGCAGACGCGUCGGGAGGAGAAGCGCCGUGCAGAGAAGGAGAAAAUGAUGGCGGAAGAAGACCCGGACAAACAGAGAAAGAUGGAGGAGAAAGAUAACCGAAGAGAGAUGAAGAAGAAGCAGGCAAAAGUGAAGAUGAUGAAAAUGAAAUCCUAGUCCCGGCGUCCACAGAGAUAACUAAUUAAUGAAUCAGCUGUUACGUAGAGCUUUUCAUUGUCCAGGGUCUGUCUCAAAGUGCUUUACAAUGACUGUCAUUAUCAGGUCUCUGUAGAAGCACUUGCGCAAUGUCAGGAGUGUCAAGGAGCUGCUCGUAUAGCGCUCACUUGAGCUCAACUUAAACGGAGGAUGCGACGAUCCUUGGAUGAGAGUCGUACACCUAAGACAGAACACCACAGCGCUGCAGAAAUCAGUGGUUUUGUCUUCACCAUCUAUGAACCAGCUGAUCAUCAUCAUCAUACUCAUCAUCAUCAUCAUCACCAUCAUAAGAUCACCACAGUCACGUGACUCUGAGGGUUCAAAAGAUAUCUGUUUUUGAAUGUUUUUUAAAAAAGUUUCAUCGAUUUGCACCACUUGAUGUAAAUCAUACAGUGUAUGAUGUCAUACUUCACACCACAAGUAUGUAGCCUGGAUCGGCCUAAGUUGUGGAGUCACUGCCAGCCAUAAGGGGUAAAAAAUCACUGCGACCACGGAUGUGCGUACACUUCUUGGUAUGUGGCCACCUCACAUCCCGCAACUGCCUUCGUCCUUGAAAAAAUUUGUGUGAGGAAUUGUAAUUUAACUGUUCAAUAAUGUAUAUGUUGUCACAUAUGGUCAUUUCUUUUUUUGGUGGUGGUGAUGCACCCUUCAUAAGGGUGGUUUUCUAAAAAUGUACAACGGGUAUGAAAUCAGAAUUUCUGGAGAAACUAAAUUGUUGCAAGUUACAACACCUCCAGUAUUUUUAAGUUUUUUUGUGACAAUCUUCUCGUCAAUGUUCACCCCCUCUGAUUUUGUCUUUUUUGCUGAUCAAAAAAUUCAAAUGAAAAGCCCGCCAUUUUUGAGAUUUGUGAAAUCAGACAUGUCGAGUUUUAUUUGUUAUACGAGAUGGAAAACCCUCCAGAGUUAUGAAAAAGCAUGAAUUACAAGUUGUCAGAUUGUGGUAGUGCCUGUCAAACCCAGCUUUGGUGCCCGUCGGUGACAGACAACAAGCUAUACAAAUUUCUUAGGUCUUUGUUUUUCACUCACUCCACCAUGUCAACUGUAGUUCUGUUCAGUGCCAAUAGGUGUCACUCUCAGCAGAAUGCGCCUUGGGCUGUCUUUUCUAUCCUUAAGUUUAUUAACCUGUCUUUUCUACCCUUUGAUAACAAUGAAGUAUUCUCAACCAAAUGCUGUGAAUAA